AUGCCAGCAGUUGAGCUGACUGCUAGAGCUGCAGCUGCUGGAAAUGAGGAGGAGACUCAGAACCUGAUCACUGGACGGGUGCGCAAGCUCGAAGCUCCGACCCCCGAGUGCAUUGGCUCCAAGAGUGGGGACCUUGAGGAGCAGAUCGAUCGAGGCAAGUUGGUCCGUUUGUAUGAGCAGUGGCCAUCCAAAAACAUUUUCUGCUGUUGGGGGCUGCUGAUGACAGGAGGCUCCGAUGAUUGUUUUUGCCCAAAUAUUUGCGUUUGGUGCUUCAUUUUGGUGCCUUGUGCUCUAUACUUUGGCCUUGUGGCACCAUCGCUGGUGGCACAUGGUAUCUUCUUGCUACCAGGUGCCACACUGGCAGUCUUCUGUACCACCACUGGACUCCUCCUGUGCACGUGCUGCACUGAUCCUGGGAUCAUCCCUCGACGUGAAGUGGUGCUCGCGACAGGAAGUGCAGAGCAGCUCAGGGUGGCCUUGGGCUACGAUGUCUUGGGUGAGGAAGGUGAAGGAACAAUCUCACAAAAGCUGAGGAAGGAAGGCUUUCGACUUUGCAAUACAUGCUCGAUCAUUCGUCCACCGCGAGCCUCACACUGCAGUGACUGCGACAACUGCGUCAUGCGCUAUGACCAUCACUGUCCUUUCGUCAACAAUUGUGUUGGGCAGCGGAACUACCACUACUUCUUCGGUUUCAUCUCCUGUGUUUUGGUCUUGGCCUUGAUGGUCCUGCCAGCACUGGCCUUGCAUUUGCUGAAUCCACGGCAAGAGCGGGCCAUCAGAAAUGCAGCAAAGAUUGACCAACGGAUGUCCUUCUUUUUCUAUUUCCUUAUUGGCGUGGGGGUGCUCGUAGCCUUUGCUGCCUUCUUAUCCUUACUGCUGUGGGCAUACCAUUUGUUCCUCAUUGUGACAAAGCAGACGACCAAGGAAUUUCGCCGAGGCCUCGCAAACAUCGACGAAGAGCCGACGCUUUGCGCGGCGCGCGGGCCGCAGCUCUUCGAUCCUUGGGCAUGGAUCGACCUGAAAGACAUGAGCUCUGCUCGGAGAAGGCUCUAA